GCUGUGCCUUCUUCUUUGCUUUCUUCCUCUUUUAUUGUACAAAAAUAAUUUAAACAUGAGCAAAAUUCUUGUUUAUGGAGGCGCUGGUGCUUUAGGUCGUUGCCUUGUAAGCCAUUUCAAAUCAAAAGGAUAUGCUGUAAUCAAUGUCGAUUUCUUUGAGAAUAAAGAAGCAGACUUUAAUGCUUUGGCAAAAGAAGGGCAGACCUUAGUACAACAGGGUCAAGCCAUUGAUGAAGCAGUUUCAGCUGCUUUAGGUGGUGCUGCUAAUAAGUUAUGCGCUAUCUUUUGUGUAGCAGGCGGUUGGGCAGGCGGCAAUGCUGGAAGUGAAGAUUUCUUGAAAUCAUCUGAAACGAUGUUGAAUCAAAGUGUAAAUUCCUCGUUUAUUGCUGCUCGACUCGCCACAAACCAUCUCAAACCUGGUGGCUUGCUUACAAUGACAGGCGCUUUAGCAGCCUUAGAAGCAACUCCGGGUAUGAUAGGAUACGGUGUAGCAAAAGCUGCAGUACAUCAUUUAGUAAAGAAUUUAGCUGAGCCAUCAAGUGGCCUUCCUGAAGGCGUAAAAGUGAAUGCUAUAUUACCUGUUACAAUUGAUACUCCGAUGAAUAGAAAAUUCAUGCCUAAUGCUGAUCACAGUAAAUGGACGCCUCCGGAGGACAUAGCAAAACAAUUAGAAGGAUAUCUGACAGGUGCUUCGCACUUCUCAAAUGGCAAGUUAAUCAGCGUCGUUACAGACAAUGGCACCACUACUUUUCUAGAAGUCUGAAUUCGAUACAUAAUGGAAUACGUUAUACUUCUUCUAAUGACUGCAUGUUUUCUGCGCUGCAUAACAUAGUUUUUUGAUAAAAUAAAAAUUCACCCUCGUCAUAAAUAAAGAAAAAGCAAACCAAGUCAAUGAAAGUGUAUGUCC